AAUCGAUGUCGCUGGUGGUGGUGCCGCCCGAGGUGGCCUGUCUGGACGGCAGCGUCGAGUCCUUCUUCCGCGGCAUCGUAUCGGGCACAGUCUUCGGCAUUCUAUUCGCCAAAGAACUCAACACACCCAAGCGCAAACCUGGCAGCAGCAGCGGCAGUGCCACUCCCACUCAUCAGCAACCGAGUACAGGCGUGUCAUCAUCUCGGCCGCCCUCUUCGGGCAAAAUCCAGCCGCAUUCGUCAGUGUUGCGCGGCGUGCGGUGGAUAAGUCGUCGGAGUCUGCUGACGGGCAAGACCGCCCUGUACUUUGGAUCUUGGUGCUGUAAGUCAUCCACACUCACUGCAGAGAAGACGCAUACACAUUGACAGGCUGCUUCAUUGUCGGAUUUUCUGGGUGUGUCUGAUGGACGAUUGUGUGCGUUGGUUCAGUUGUGACGUCGUUCAUGUCGUGUGCGCUGCGGCGCAUCGGGGUGCCCUAUCCGCUGGACGCCGGCACUGGAGGGGCCGUAGCAGGCGCACUCGUGUAAGGCCGAAUACAGCCACACACACCCUCACACACAGACGAAAGGUCUCCAAGUGGGGUUGUCUGGUGUGCGUGUGUGUGUGUGUGUGCAGUUCGAUAGUUGGUCGUGAGUCGGCCAACUUUUUCGCCACGGCCGUCCUCGGCAGCGCUGCGUUCAGGUGAGAGAAGCGAACCACCACACAAGGCAAACCAACGGCUUGACACCCGUGUCUGUGUCUGUGUGAUGUGUGAACGUGGUGAGCAGCAUAGUGGUGCACGGCGUCGACACGGACAAGAAGUCCACCAACUUGUGGAGAGAUCCAGCAUGACAACAGACAAGACCGCCGGCCGUCUGCUGAUGUCGGUGGGGGGCACUUACAGAAUGCGGCGUGGUUCGACGAUGGACUCGAGAUGCGUGCAGAGAGAUCGAUCCAUCGACAGGCAGACAGACAGGAUGUGUGUGUACAGUAUCGUCGGUAGGGACACGGAUGCGUUGACACGUGAGUGACAUUCGCAUGGCCAUUCUGUGUACUUGCACGCUCGGUUCAAGGAUGGUGCAUUUCCA